GCGAUAUUACACAACCAAGUACAAAUAAAGUGUGUAUAUUCCGGUCAUUCGGGGACUAUUUGUCCCGAAUCGUAUUUACCAAAGCUCUCCUAGGAUUGCAUUGCAUUUACUUCUGUAGCAAUCACACUGCCAUUAUGGAAGCUUCGCUGGAAAAUCUGUCCUCCACGCAAAAGGACGAAUUGAUGAGCACAAUCAAACAGAAGAUUGCGAUAGCGAACGCACAAGAACUAGUAACCAAAAUGACCGAGAAGUGUUUCAAGAAGUGCGUUGGAAAACCGGGGCAGGACCUGGAUAGUUCCGAGCAGAAAUGCAUUGCCAUGUGCAUGGACAGGUUUAUGGACUCUUGGAAUGUGGUCUCUCGAGCGUUGACACAGCGUUUACAGCAAGAGCAGUAUAAAGGCUAAACGGAGGAGUCAUGUGGAAGUGGUACCGAAAUGUAAUCAAAGAACGGUUUACGUUCUGCAACCGAAGUCGAUCUUGCGUAAGCUUCCAAGUUUAUUAUCGGGAAAUUUAGGCCGACGAAGGUUUUUGUUUUGAGUUUACCUACUAGCAUAAUAAAUCAUCCCCGGAACGUUAAAUACCGCAGGACACUUCUAAUCAUC